AUGGAAGGCUCCAUGAAGAGCGAAGGAGCCCCCCAGCUGUUCUAUCGGAUCGGUGUGGGUCCGGCGCUGGCUUUGCGCUACCCCAGCGCCAAGAUCCACAGCUUCGAGCCCGUGAGGAGGUACUUCGACCACCUCUCCAAGACGUUUGGUGCCUACGUGCAAAGCGGCCAGGUGACUCUGUACAACAUGGGCGCUUCUGACAAGGAUGACAAGGUCUCCUUCCGCACGGAUGGGGACCUGGCGGCUUCCUCGGAGUUCGGCACUGCCAAAGGCGACGAAAAGAAGCCGCACUUUGAGGGGUUCCCUCGGCCGACGAGAUCCAUGGCGGACCUUCUGAAGGGUAUCGGAGCAGUGGUCUCCACGCAGGUCCUCUCCCGCGCGGUGACCUUUGGUUUGAACGUCCUGGUGGCGCGCCUGGCGUCACCGGCGGCUUAUGGCCUCGGCUAUGUAUCCUUGCAGCUGCUCAGCAACCUGAUGCUCUUCUUCACCAAGGAGGGCUUUCGUAAGGUGGCGUUACGGCAAGAGCCGGACCAGGCCCAGUCCUCCGUGAACCUCGGGUGGAUGGGCACUGGCUGCUGCUGGCUGGUGGUGGGGCCGCUGGCUGCAUACUGGCUGCACACUGCGCCCUUGACCGCAUCUUGGACCUACCAGGUGGCAAUCUUCCUGAUGGUGCUGGCGUCCUGCUGUGAGGCCUUGGCGGAGCCCUUCGUGCUGCUCACUUUGAGCGCCCAGGACUUCCAGCGCCGCGCCGCCGGGGAGGCCUUGGCCAUCGUGGCGCGCACCGUUGGCAUGCUCCUUUUCACCCUAGCGCUGGAUGAUGUGCCACUGGCAUUUGCUGCCUCGCAGAUGAUCUACGCGCUGGUGUGGCUGGCCUGGUUUGCCUGGCCCAUUGUGACGAAGGGCGUUCUUUGGAAGCCUGCCGCCAUGCCAUCGGGAUGGAUCUCUGAAGCUCACAAGUCGCUGCUGGUGGAGUUCGGUGGCAUGGUGAUUCUGAAGCUGUGCCUCACGGAGGGGGAGAAGAUGCUCUUGUUGGCACUCUUCGAGGAGCGGCAGUGGGGGGUCUUCGGCUUGGUGUCGAACCUGGGCUCCAUCGUGCUGCGCCUCCUUUUUGCGCCCACAGAGGAGAUCGCCUACAGCGUCUUCUCCGCGGAGGAGCGGAGCCGGUCCUUUCAGCUGGCGAUGCUGCGGGGCUUGUUGCUACUCCAAGGAGGCAUCGGUUGGUUGGGCCUUUGCUUCGGCCCCAGCUUCUCGCCGAUCGCGGUGCGGCUGUUGUACGGCCCAGACUGGGCGGCGUCCGAGGCGCCGCAAGUGCUGGCGGCCUACUGCGUUUUUCUCUUCUUCGCCGCCCUGAACGGCGUCCUGGAGGCCUUCAUGUACGCCCAAUGCUCGCCCUCUUGGGUGAGAUACUGCAACCUGUGGCACCUGGGGAUCUCCCUGGUGCUGGUCCUUGUCUCCUGGGCUGGCCAGGCCUGGGGCCCGGUGGCGCUGGUGGCAGCAAACGCCAGCGCCAUGUGCCUGCGCUCGCUGCUGGGCCUCGUCUUUGCGGCGAGGCAGCUGAGGCCGAGCUGGUCAGAGCUGCGGUUGGCGCCAGUGUGCCAACUUCUGGGGCUCUUGGCCCUCGGCAGCCGUUUGUCCGCCUGGCUGGUGCCCAGCGUGGUGGACGUCUGGCGCGUCAGCGGCGCCGUGCUGCUGGCGGCGCUGGUCAUCGCCGUCUCCGCGCUGCUGGGGCGCCGGGAGCUGUGGGCCGCGCUGCAGGCGGUGCGGAGCAGCAAGGCGACUUAGAUCGACC